AUGGUUUGCAUUCCUUGCAUUGUUAUACCAGUAAUACUGUGGAUAUUACAUCGACUCCUAUAUCCAGUAAUAUACUUCUUUAUUCCCUCUUUAAAGUGUAGUCAAGAAGUUGAAAGGGGAGAAGAACCGAGAGAAGAGAUCGAUGAGGAUAGUCCAGAGAAUGAAUUAACGGAUCAACAGACGCCAACAUCAAAAGAGAAAUCAGACUAG